UUACAGCAUCCUAAUAACUUAUGUACAAAGUUGACACUCUGGGCCAGGCCCCGAAGAUACUGUCAUGCCUCUUGCCCAACAUGGCUAUCACAUGGGCCUUCAAGGUCAUCCAGAUGUUCGAAGGAAGAGGCAAAGGUGUUGUUUGGAGCACUAUAUGGGAACCUGGUAAUCCUCGCGAUCAGCUGAAUCCUGCCAUAAUUUUGAUCAUGUUGGCCUUUGACACCUUCCUCUAUCUUUUAAUCACCUGGUAUAUCGAUCAAGUCAAUCCAGGAACUUAUGGCGUCCCCCAGCCUUGGUAUUUCCCAUUCCAGAAGAGCUACUGGUGCGGAUCAAGGCUAACAAAUCACAGUGUAUCCUCUGAAGGGCCAGUGUCAGGCGAGAAUCAACAAUACUUCGAGAAGGAACCUGCUGGCCUCAAACCCGGAUUAUCAUUAAGAACUUGCAGGAAAGAAUUCAAAGAACUUGGAAGGAAGACAAAGGUGGGUGAAAAUGUGUCUCUAACAUGCUCUGAAGGUCAGUGUACGGUGCUGCUUGGUCACAACGGUGCUGGGAAGACGACUACUAUGUCAGUACUCACGGGUGUAUAUGCUGCUACCAGUGGCUACGCCGAGGUCAAUGGCUGGAAUAUUGCUAAAACCCAAGUGAAGUCGGAGGAGCUGGCCCUUUUGCCCUCAACCAACAUCUUUUGUCCCCAAAAAUGUUUUUGCAGCCCCUUUCUCUUCUUUGGACGGCUUAAAGGCCUGACCAGCAAAGCAGCUACAGCGGAAGCACACGAAAUCCUGACGCGGCUGGAACUAUUGGACAAGCAGAAUAUGUUCGGCAAUCAGCUCUCUGGGGGCAUGAAGAGGAAGCUCAGUCUAGCCAUGUCCCUCAUGGGUAGUACGAAGGUGGUGAUCCUGGACGAGCCUAGCAGUGGACUGGAUCCAGAGUCUCGCCGUUGGGUCUGGGACGUAGUGCAGGGGGAGCGCGGCCGUCGGACCUUCCUCAUCACGACGCACCACAUGGAGGAGGCGGACGUGCUCGGGGACCGUGUGGCGAUUAUGGCCUCGGGGCGGGUCGUGUGCGCAGGCUCUACACUCUUCCUCAAAAAGAAAUUCGGUGAUGGUUAUACUCUGACCAUGAUGGUGAAUAAUGAAACUGUGGUAGAAGCUAUCAAGAGAAAAGUGGAGGAACACUUGCCUUCCGCCACCCUGGCCAACAUCCACAGUGGAGAACUGACCUUUAAACUCCCGCCGGACACCGAGAAGUUCGCUGCAAUGCUGGACGCCCUCUCGGCCCAAAAAGAAACGCUGGGCCUCAGACACAUUAGCCUCUCCCUCACUAACAUGGAGAGGGUUUUCCUCAGAGUUGGUGAAAUGCUGGGCGAUGGCAGUGGCACUACUGGAAGCUCCGUGGAUUGUGGCACUAACCCUUUAAACCCUGGCGUGGGGGGAGCACACGAAUGGAAAAAGGGCGCAGCUCGGGAAUCUACCUUUGAUCUUGAGUCUGCCUACGCUAGUAGCACUCACCAGCUUUACCGGGCCGAAGAAACAGUGAGCCCCCCACUCCAGCUGGACCUUGACCUCAUCUCCCCGUCUACCUCCUUCGUCCUUGCUGGUGAAGACCAGCAGCCUUUAAAGGACCAUUAUGUGUCCCUAUUUUCUUCUCCACAUAAGGUAUUCAACACUACCAACAUGAUAGCAAGCCUUCUUGAAGAUGCCAACGAGAAUAUCCUUUACUACAGAGAAAAUAGCAUAUGCUCGAAGUGUUUUUUGAUGAUUGUGCAAAACACAGAUACCACCCGCAUGGAUACACAUAUCCAUGUCCUUACAAAUGUUUAUGCCAGCAAGCUGUUGAGCUACAAGAGGAGGUACUCGGCUGUUGUUUGGGCUGGAAGGAAAAUCUACAAUACUCGGUUCAUCUUACUGACAGAUCACCACUACUGGCUUACCUACGAGAAAACAAAAUAUGGGGAUGCCAGAACUGUGUACCAGCAGAACUUCUGGAUCCAAGCCGAAUUCCUGGACCACCCAAACUACCCCGAAAACUACACUCUGCUGAAUAUGCUCUACCAGUCAGUCCCGCACCAUGUUCUGGGCAUAAGUACCUCACUGGUGGACAACGCCCUGUUACGACUUGCGACCAACUCAACACACCACAUCACCACGACAAAUCGCCCGCUGCCGAAAGACACAACUUCACUUAUGGGUCUGACUGAUGUUCUUCUAUCCCCCAGUGGAAAUUUCCGGGGCAGAUUUUUUCCACUAGGCCUUGGUUUUUCCCAGCGUGAUGCCCCCGUCUUGUUUCCUCUCUGCCUCAUUCCUGGUCUUCCCACUGCAAGAGAGGGAGACCAAGGCCAAGCAGGAGACAGAUGGGGCCCCUGUGCUCCCCAGGCCGCUGGAGUGCUCUUCUUUUUGCUGAUGAUGUACGGGUGGAGCAGCAUCCCUCUCUCCUACGUCUUUAGCUUCCUCUUCAAGACAGCAGCUUCAGGUUUUGCUAUUCUCACCCUAAUCAACAUUAUAGCAGGUCAGAUGUUGAGCAUGGUGGUCUACGUCCUGAGCAUGACAGGAGUGUCUGGAGCUGAAACCGCUGGGGAUGUUCUUCAUUGGAUUAGCUCCAUUAUCCCUACCUAUCCCGUAUCUAUAGCUUUUCGACACUUAGUGCAAACGAGCGUGAAGAACUCCUUCUGUGACACAUUUGACACGAACAUGACUGCUCAGCUGUGUACACUCCUCGCCAUUAGUGAUCGUAAAAACGAUUUUGUUCAAUGCUGUCCAGAUCUAGCAUUUAUUGCUGGAUGCAAUAUUGGCAUCUCCGUGAUACGCCCAGCAGACAUACUCAGACAAAAUGGUCGAAAAAUGAAGAAUGGCAAAAGAUAUCUUGCAGUAAGGAUUCUGCCGUAUGAACUCAAGAUCAAUGGAAUGCUAGUGAACACGUCUCGACUUGCAUUGCAUAAUCGUCUGUUUAAUGCUGCGAUAAAGUUAAACAUGGUUAACUUUACCUCUCGCGUCCAGCGUUUCGGUAGUGAGCAGAUGACUAGUACAGACGGCGACGGUGAGCCACCCUUGGGCGGGAGAUGCUGGGCUGUGGGCGUAAGGGGUGGCAAGACACCACUUCGGAUGCUGACGGGUGAUGAAGAACCCUCAGGUGGGAAUGCCUUCAUAGACCGCAUCUCACUGAUGCACCAGAGGAACAAGGUGGGUGUAAUGCAGAUGGAAGAGAACACUUUUAUGUCCUGGCAGAUUAACACAUUUUGUAACAGCAAAUUAGAGGGUGAACUAAAAGGGAAAAAGAGCUUGGUAAUGGGAAAAGGGCUUGGUGUAAAUGACAUUACUCUACGGAGGGAAGUGGAAGAACUGGUAGCACUGGUGGAUCUGACGGAGUGUGCCUCCCGGCCGUCCUCGACGUACUCGGGCGGUAAUCGGAGGAAGUUGUCUACUGCCAUGGCGUUGGUUGGGGCGCCAUCCCUGAUUUUCCUUGACGAACCCACAACUGGUGUUGACCCAGCGUCUCGCCGUCGGGUGUGGACGGCCGUGAGUCGCGCGGUUAGCAACGGACAGAGUGUGGUCCUCACCAGCCACUCGAUGGAGGAAUGUGAGGCUUUAUGCUCCCGCAUAAUCAUGCUGUCCAAAGGAGCUGUGCGAUGCGUGGGCACCACUGGGCAUCUGAAAGCGAAGUUUGGCCAGGGUUAUAGCCUGCAGGUCAAAGAAGACCAUGACCCUUAGUCAAGAGGGACG